AUGGCACGGCCAACACAUAAUUCGAAUCUGUAUUACGAUAGAAGAUUUAUUCGAAAACCUCGAUACAGAUACCAACAUCCACUUGAUUAUUAUGUGGACAUGGGUACGCGAGUACAACGACGAACAAUGCUUACUACUCUAGUUCCGACUCAACGUCGAUUGAAUGGAGGUUUUCACGCUGAAAUGUUAGAAUUACAUAAUCAGUAUCGUGCUCGUCAUUGUGCACCACCGUUAUCUAUAGAUAAGCGACUCAAUCAAAUCGCUCAAUCAUACGCUGAACAUUUAGCAGCUACAUCAAAAUUUGAACAUAGCGGAAAUAAACUUGGAAAGGAACCACUAGGAGAAAAUCUUUACAUGCAAUGGAUGUCUAACGCUCAACCUACUUCAUCUGCAAAAAAAGCAGUAAAAAGUUGGUACGAUGAAGUAGCCUUACAUAACUUUAGACGUCCAACAUUUUCAGCUAAAACCGGUCAUUUUACACAACUGGUAUGGAAAUCAUCAAAAUUAUUAGGUGCUGGAAUAGCUUUUUCGGCUGAUAAACGCACAGUAUAUGUCGUAACGAAUUAUUAUCCAGCUGGGAAUAUGAUGGGACCAGGCUCUUUUGAAAGAAAUGUUUUAGAAGCAAACUGUUAA